CCUCCCUGACCCUCCCCGGUCCCUCCCCGUCCCCUCCCCGUCCCUGCCCUCCCCCUGCCCGCUCGGUGCCCGGUGCCGGGGCCGGUGCAGAGCGCUCGGGGCGGCGAUGGGGAAGGACUAUUACCGGACUCUGGGGCUGUCCCGGGGCGCGUCCCCCGCCGACAUCCGCCGCGCGUACCGGCGGCAGGCGCUGCGCUGCCACCCCGACAAGGACCGGUCCCCGGGCGCCGAGCAGCGCUUCAAGGAGGUGGCCGAGGCCUACGACGUGCUGAGCGACCCC